UCUACAUGUGUGUGAGCACACAGAGAGUUCACCUGUAGAACGAUCUCACACUUCUGACUGUAAAAAUGAGGAGAUCUCUGAUACAGGUGUUUGGAUUCUUGAUUUCUACACUCGGUUGGCUUUUCGUCAGCUGUACAACAGCCAUGGACUACUGGAGAGUCAACUAUGUGGGAGGAAAAGGAGGUAACUGGAUGAUCAAGGCGUUGUGGUACUGGUCAAACCUGUGGAGAGACUGUGUGACAGACACUUCAUCUGUCACUAACUGCAGAGAUUAUGAUGUUCUGUGGUCAGUCACACCGUACGUUCAGGGUGUUCGAGGUCUGCUGAUGAUCGCCAUCUCUCUGGGAUUUGUAGCCAUUAUUCUCUGCUUCAUUGGAAUGGAGUGUACUUACAUCGGUGGAAGAGAGAUAUCCAAGGAUAGAACCUUAAUCUCUGGAGCAGUUCUUCAUUUUGUUGGUGGUUUGUCGUCUUGUGCAGCGUAUUGUUUAUAUACAAACAGAGUGGCCAGUGUGGCGUUUUCCCCCUCCACGGACAGAAGUGUUAUCAGGUACACAAUAGGAACACCAAUAUUUCUUGGAUUGGUUGGAAGUUUUUUCAUCAUUCUUGGAUCUGUUUUGUAUGCUAUUACAAUCACACCAAAAAGAAUGACCAAUGCAUUCAGACAAAGACCGUUGAGCGGCCGUUCUGUCCGGCGCACAGCCAUUAAAACACAUCACACAACAUCAAGAGAUCGGUGGAACGGCUCCAGGACAUCACACACCGAUCAUGAGAAAAUAUCUGUCAGAGACACUUUUGUGUGAACCUGAUGAUCCAUCAAAGACAUUUCUGCCUCUGCUUACAAAUGUAAAGAAAGCAUAUAGUUUUAUAUUUGCAUUUAUCAAAAUAAUUAGGCUACACACUUUAAGUUUGUUAUAUGAGUUUACAAAGAGAGUUUGUGUGUGUGUGUCAUGUAUAUUAAACAUGAUUUAUGCUUUGUAGAACAAAAGCAUGGCUUUGUUUUUUGGGAAAAGGUGAGAUGUUUAUAUAUGUUUUAUAUUCACAGAAUACAACUGAAAACAAACAUCUUUGUAAUAUUACUCACGGAGCUCUUGUUCUUCACUGGCUAUCUGUGUGUUAUAGAGUAGAUUUUAAAAUCCUUUAAGUCAUUAAAUGGGUCAGCGCCGUCCUACCUUGUGAUCUGUUGACAGUCCAUCAACAAGAGCUCAUAGGUUCACCAAUCUGAAGCUCAUACUGGCUCUAGAUCUAUCGGCUCAAGACUCGGGAGAUCGAAUGUUCUCCAUAGUUGCUACAAGAACUUGAAACAUUCAGCUUACACAAACUAGAACCGCCCCUAUCGCUUGACAAUUUUAAAUCAAGGUUAGAACUUUUUUAUUCAAUUUGUCCCAUAACACAUGAUUGUUGAUGGAGUUAUCUUGUCUUGAUGUUCUGUAGUUUUAUCUGUGACUCUGUCAUUGUGUUAUAUUUUUAAGGGUUU